UACAAGGUGAAAUUGGAGUUCCUACAAAAACCAACACUACUGAGAAAAAUGUCCACUAUUACGCUGUCGCUUAAACCGUUUUCUGACUGUGACACCAAAGAAAUAACAUUUUAUGAAGAAAAUGAAACUAGGACUACAGAAAUCUUGGACACGAUUCAUUCAGCAAUCGAGGCGUUAGCAGAGAUUACAUGGAAGUUUCUUGACGGACCGCAAGUAACAGUAGAAGAAAUGACUUUGAAGAUCUUUUCUAACCCAAGAAUCAGUAGUUUUCUUAUUAACACGUCACGUCUUGCCGUCUUCUCAAAAGAAUUGGCCAAAUCGUUCCGAGCCGAUCUUGACUCACUUGCUCUCAUCAAGCAAUUGAAGUAUUUCUACAACCAGCCAACCUCCGGUGUCCUGCAACAACUCACCGAUCUUGUUUCAAGGGUCACUAGUGACACCGAUAAACUCGCUGAAUGGAACAACAUCUCCAAAUUGAUUUCUGAAAGCUCACUGGCGACGAAACCAGUCCGAYACGUCCUGCAAGAGAAUGGGUUACCUGAAUGUUACCAACAGARCGUCGAGUACCUCGAGAAGGCAGAUCCUCAUGCUGUAUACCCAACAUCGAUUUAUCGUAGCUGUGAGGGAUAUGUCCUGGCCAAACCUGACGCAUCUGUUAUAGAGAGUACUAUGAGCACGACACUCACUACCACCAUCAAGAUUGUCAAUGAUGUGCUCAAUCCUGCUAACAAGGAAUUGAAGAAUGUCUACCACCCUUUUGGCAGAUGCGUUGCAAUAAUCGACGACAAAGUCGAGAAACUCUACGGUGAAUCCAUCCAGGUUUACUUUGACACUCACAACAUCAAACUAUGGAAACUGGUUUUCCCAGGCAACGAGGUAGACAAGGACAUCUCCAACGUGGAAAACAUGUUGGUCUCUCUCAAGAAGAUCAAAGUUUYCAGGAAUCAGCCCAUACUUGUUGUUGGUGGGGGAGUGAUAUCGGACAUUGCUGGUUUUGCUACGGCUUUGUACCAUCGUAACACCCCAUACGUCAUGUUAUGUACCAGUAUAGUGUCUGGAAUCGAUGCUGGUCCUUCUCCUCGUACUUGCUGUGAUGGCUUUGGCUUCAAGAACCUAUACGGUUCCUAUCAUCCACCUGUCCUUACCCUGACCGACAGGAGCUUCUUCCGUACUCUGCACCACGGCUGGAUUCGACAUGGAAUAGCAGAGAUCGUCAAGAUGGCUGUAGUUAARGAUGAAGAGUUGUUUAACCUGUUAGAACAGGUUUCAUCUGCCCUYAUAUGGACCAAGUUUGGYACUGAAAUGGAUGGCUUUGAUGGAGAUAGCGAAACGUUUGGGAAAGUUUGUGAUCUCAUCAUUGGGAAAGCUCUUGAAGGAUACGUGCGAUCAGAGUAUGGUAACCUGUGGGAGACACAUCAAUGUCGUCCUCAUGCUUACGGACACACGUGGAGCCCUGGGUACGAGCUGCCCGCAGGGAUGCUUCACGGACAUGCUGUUGCWACAGGCAUGGGUUUUGGAGCCUAUCUUUCCUUCUGUGAAGACUGGAUAAGCCAAGAAGAGUUGGACCGCAUUCUUAAACUCCUUAGCGGUCUUGAACUGUCUUUGUGGCAUCCAAUCAUGGACGACAGUCUCAAGAUCUUCAAAGCACAGGAGAAGAUGAUCGAAAAGAGAGGUGGUAACUUGGCUGCACCGAUACCAAAAGGUAUUGGAAACUGUGGUUACCUCAACCAUAUGCCUUUAGAUCUCCUUCAACAAAGGCUGCAAGAAUACCGAGACAUUUGUCAGCAGUUCCCAAGACAAGGGCUUGGAAUCGAAGMCCACUGUAAAGAAGUCGGCCUUGAAGAUCCGGCAACAGUCGGAGGCGUCAAUAAAGAACUACCAGAAGAAAAAGACGUGGACAUUCAAAAUGGCUGUGAGAAUGGUUUAGAAAAUGACGGCAGGAAAAGGAAARCCCUUACGUACCAAGAGUGGAUUGAAGCAGUGCAGAAGAAACGUAACAAGGGGUUCGUUUCUAAUUUGGCUUUGAAACAAGCCAAGGACACACCACAUCCGCCUGAGUUUGAACCCAACGAAAUAUGCCAUUCAGGCGUGGAAGAUUAUGCUGGUAAGGUAUCACAAGUACCCAGUGCGGAUAUACAGAAGAUUGCCAUAGAAACCGAACAGCAACAAAUGUUUACACCAUGCAUGGUGGGACAUCUUGAGUCACAAUUCCUGAAGAUGAUGGCUCAGAUUGGUAAUGCCAAGCGUGUGUUGGAYAUAGGAACCUUUACGGGAAUGUCUGCCAUGGCGUUCGCUGAGGGUCUUCCUUCUGAUGGGGAGGUGGUAACCAUCGAGUUUGAUCCGACAAUUGCAUCCUCUGCAGCUAAACUAUUCCUUGGCUCAGCACAAGCACACAAGCUGACACUUAAGGUCGGUGAUGCUGUAGAGGUAAUAAAAGAGAUGAAGUCAGCACAAGAGAAGUUUGAUAUCAUCUUCCUCGAUGCAGCUAAAGAUCAGUACAUCUYGUACUAUAAACUCGCCAUGGAUAUGCUCACACCUUCAGGUUUUAUUCUCGCUGAUAACUCGCUCUGUGCCUUGUUGUACGACUCUGAUGAUUCUAGAAGGCAAGCACUUCAUGAAUUCAACCAGAUGGUGAAGCAUGAUCAAAGGGUUGAACAACUCGUUCUUCCCUUUAGAGAAGGUAUCUCAAUCAUACGACCAAAAUCCUAGAUCCAUGUGCYUGUUCUCCACGAUCGUAAUUAAAUAUUUUGCAUGCGCAAAGCAUCUUUUUACCAUACUUCUUUAACUUAAUGCAAUGUUAGUGAGCCACUUUUACGGUCACUUAUUUAUAAAUGAUAUUGCUUGGCAAUAACUUAGUCAUUGAAUGUGAACA